AUGGCUACACCACGUUAUUCAGCUGAUGGCUUGGCUUCAGAGUGGGACUCCACGGAUUCCGUUCGAGAUCGCGUGCGUGGAGGUGGUUUUCUUGAAGAUGCUACGUUCGGGGUGGAUUCAAUAACUGUCAAGAACGCUGUGCUGAACAUGGCAGUGGCAGUUCCUUUGCUUGUUCGGCUGGUGGCAGCGGACUUGCAGCUCCCUCCUGUGGAUGCUCUUAGGGCCGAAGUUGCUGAGCUGUAUUCGAAAAACUCUCGCGAGGUCACGGAUGCACAGAUUGAUGAUUCUGCUUGGUUCUGCCGCAAACUGGUAGCUUUUAUCAAGAUGAAAGCCCAAAAGAAGCUUGUCAGUCUUGAUUCGGACUUCCAGGAACUUUGCCUGAUUGUCAACCCGAUGCUUCAGGACUUG